GAUGAUCUGUGAUGUUUAAAACUCGAUAUUAGAUAAUUCUGUAGACCAAGCUUACUACAAUUCUCUUUUUUUGUUAAUCAUGGUGUCAAAAGCUUGAAUAUAUUUACGAAAUACUUGUCAUUUUUCAUUAGCAAUAACCCUAUCGACCAAGCUUACUACUAUCCUUUUCUUAUAGUCGUGGUGUUCAAAGCGUAGUGGUGAUAUAAACUGCGUGUACUUCACCCUUUUCAAACCUUACUUUGUGUGAAUACAUGAGCUAUAAUAUUGUUGUGGUGUUCAAAGCUCGACUAAAUUAAUGGAAUACCUGUUGCUUACAUCAACAACAUGUAUUAGAUAACUCAAUCAUCAAGGUUACUGCUACCGUGCCAAACUCUUAACGGGCAACAUAUAUUAGGUAACUUUGUACCCCGCUUUCUCCUCCUCCUUUCUUUUACCUCUAUAAACUCAAAUGCACAAAAUUUAACACAACACCCAUAUCAAGAUAAACCCCAAAUAAAGAAAAAAAAAAGCUUCAAGAAAAUAAAAAAGUGAUCUUUUUUUUCAGACUUUCUUGUUUUUCCUUCACAUGGAUACAGUUUCCAUAAUGAUUCUUUGACCCCUUUUUAAAGCUGUAAUGAAUGGGCACUUGGAAGAAGUCUGAAAUGGAACUGAGUUCAUCUGAUUCUUUGAACAGUUUGAAGUUUGGCAAGAAAAUCUACUUUGGAAAUGUGGGUGUUGGAGCUCCGGCACCGGUGACUGGAGGUGGAGCUCCGGCUCCGGCACCGGUGGUGUCAAAGAGGGGGAGGGGUGGUGGGGUGGUGCAGGGGGGUCAGCCACCUAGGUGUCAAGUUGAAGGUUGUCAGGCAGAUCUGAGUGAUGCUAAGGCUUAUUAUUCUAGGCAUAAAGUUUGUGGUAUGCAUUCUAAGUCUCCUACUGCUGUUGUUGCGGGUCUUGAACAGAGGUUUUGUCAACAGUGUAGCAGGUUCCAUCAAUUGCCUGAAUUUGAUCAAGGAAAAAGGAGUUGCCGCAGGAGAUUGGCAUGCCAUAAUGAGCGUCGUAGGAAGCCUCCAUCUGGAUCUCUUUUCUCUACACACUAUGGGAAUCUUUCUUCAUCAGUUUUUGAAAAUAAUAGCAGCAGAUCCGGAAGUUUUCUAGUCGACUUCAGCUCACACCAAAAUGUGAAUGAGAGUUCUUGGCCAAAUACUAGAGCAUCUGAACAAGGAUGGGAUCAUCCAUCUACUGCAUCAGGGAAGUUCCUUCAACGACCUUGGCUGAAUAAUUCUGAAAAGGCUGCAAGCGAGCUUGUUCUGCAAGGUUCAACUACCAGGACCAGUUACCCCGGUGUUCCUUCAGGAGACUGUUUUCCUGGAGUCUCAGAUUCAAAUGGUGCUCUCUCUCUUCUGUCAAAUCGGUCCUGGGGAUCAAGGAACCAACCCCCAAGUCUCGGGGUUAACAGCCAAAUUAACGUUAAUGAGACACACGUCAUUCAACCUUCAGGUUCCCAUGUUGCACCUACCAAUCACUUCUCAAGCCCUUCAUUGGGGUUUAAAGGAAAUGAAGCUAGCAGCAGUUUGCAUGAGCUGCCUCCUGAUCUCGGUUUGGGUCAAAUGUUACAGGCUUCUGAUAAUCCGUACUGUGGCGAGCUUGAGAUAGCUCAGCAUGGCGAUGGAAGACAACACAUGGAAAUGGACCACUCUAAGGGUUAUCAUCCUUCUGUUCAGAAUGUGCACUGGACUCUUUGACUAUCCUCUCGUUCGUGUAUGAUCAGGGUUGUAAGACCAUUUUUCGUUAACUAGGUUGACGAUUACUAUUAUGCAACUUGUGUGCAUCUCCGUUGACGAUUACUACUACACCCGAGAUGACUAUGGUUUCUUCUUGAAAUGUUCGAUGACUUGCUUCGACUUUUCCCUCUGCUAAAUGUUAUGAUCAGGGGGGUAAAUAAACUUUGAACCAUUAUGCUAAAUGCUAUAUGUAGUCUUGUC